AUAUAUAUAUAUUUUUUUUUUUUUGCAUAUGUUUUUCCCAAUGUUCAUAAAGUAUUUCCUUUUGUUUCAGUGGUUGUGCGUGAUAUGUCAAAAUGUAACAUUUGAAAAACACCAUAUUGCGUGUCGUCAUGCCCAAGAAAAACACAGCCACUUUAUGUAUCAGUGCAGGAGAUGUAGACGACUAUUCACCCGAAGAUCAUAUAAGCACCAACAAUGUUUAAAUGUUAGAACAGAAGACUUUGAAUUAAUGGACCCUGAUGGUGGAAGAGAAGGGGCAGUAGAUAAAUUAAUUAAAUGGAAGAGAGAUGACCUGCCCAAAAUAAUUAAAAGUGUAGAACCAGAAUAUCUUAGAAAUAUAAGAUUGUUACAAAAAGAAUACGGCCCAACAAUGGUUGGUAUAAAUGAGGAAAGUGAAGAAUCAGGAAUAGAUGAUGAAAUUACAAGUAUGUUGAAGACUCCAAUUACACCAAUAGUAACCCCAGAAAGGAAAGUAGUAAGCAAAAGUUUUCAAAUGGAAUUAGAAGAUGUAAGCGAGGAGGAGCUUGAUUUCUCCGAAGGGACUCCAUGUCAAGAUGAGAUAGAUCCAAGGUUAAAUAGAAGUAAGACUGAUAAGAAGAAAGAAACUGGAAGUGAAACAUUCUCGAGUGAUUCAGAGUCUACAUGUAGUACAUCAAGUGAAAGUAGCAGUGACGAUACGUCAGAAACGUCAGAAAGUUCAAAGUCGAGAGUAAGUGACAGUGGAAGUUUAAGAAUUAAGAAGAAGAAAAGAUCAUGGUCAAAAUUCAAACUCUAUGACUCAUCCGAGAGUGAAAGUGAAAGUGAAGGGGAUUAUCCCAGUAAUAUUAAGAAGAAGAAACAAAGUGUAAAAGAAAGUAGUGAUAGGAGGGUAGUGCAGAAAGGGACUGAAAAAGGAGCAAAAAGAAGCCAUGAAAUUGAGAGUAACGAGCAGAGAGAGAAAAUCAUAAAGAGGAAGAAAGAGAAUGUUAAUGACAAAACUGACAGAGAAAGUACAAAAUGCAAAGAUGAAGAACGUGUUAUUAAAACAAACAAGAAUGUGGCAGCACAAGGCAAAGAUAAAUAUGGAAACCGAAAGAGUGUCCACAGUAAUCAGAAUUCUAAAACAGAAAAGAGUGAAAGGUGUGAAAAGAGGAAAGAGAAUAAAAGUGACACUGAUAGAAAUGACAAGUCCAAAAGUGGAGAAAAAGUUCCCAAUAGUGCAAAAGUUAGUAAAGGCAAAGAGGUUGAAUACAAGGUCAGGGACUUAGAAAAGGCAGAAAAUAGUGAACCAAAGAGUUUAAAUACGGACAUAGAUAUGAUUAGGAAAAAGGAAGAUAGAGAUAACAAAAUCGAACAUAUAAAAAGCAAUGGAAGUUCAAAAUCAUCAAAGCUGACAUCAGAAAAGAACACUGGGAAUCAUCCGGAAAGUAGUAAGUCCGAUAAAGCACAGACAAAGGGUUGUAAGAAUGGAAGUACAGAGAAUAGUAAGGAGAAUGAUGAUAAGAAUACUGAAAAGAAAAACUACACUAAUGAGAAUAAGAAAAGGCAGGAGGAUCAAGAGAAUAGGGAAGGAGAAAAUUCACAGAGGAAAGAUAAAAGUAAUAAGUGUAAUGGGACAAACAGUGAAAGAAAAAUUACGAAAGUGCUGCCAGACAAACAAAAGGAAAGAAAUAACGAGAUAAAAACGGAAGUGAAACGUACAGCAAAAGAUUCGAAGGAAGAAAAGAAAAGUCAAACAAGUGCUGAGAUAUGUAAUACUGUAAGUGCAACACCGAUGGUUAAAAAGAAAGAUGAACAAAAAGAGAGAAGUAAAAGUGAAUUAAAUAGAGAAAAAGAAGUUACAGUAAAACUUGUGAGUAAUGUCCCAGCAAGUGAAGCUGAUAGUAGUGAAAUUGGUACAAAGUGCAAAAGCAAUGAGGGGAUAAGUGACUCAGGUUUGGGAGAAAAGACACAAGAUGAGAAACACAAUGAUAGUGAAUGUGGCCAGAAUGAUAAAGGAAAAGUGAGAAAUGAAAAGUCAGAGUCAAAUAUAACUAAAGAGUGUAGUGUGCGCAUUGAAAAGAUAAAGCUCAAUGCUAUCAGUUUUAACAAAGAGAAGUUGUUUGAGAAACAGAAUGUAAGUGAUCCAGAAGAUAAUCCUAAGAGCAAUUCAGUGAAAGUUGUAAAUGAAAAAGGUGACGCUUCAGAAGAAAAAGAAAUAGCGAGUGAUACUAAGGAGUCCCAUGAAAAUGACAUUGAUAAUCAAAAUGAAAGUGGAGUUACUAAUGAUACAGACCAGACCGAGGAGUGCACGAGCACUGGUUCUAUCCUGGACGAUAAAUCAAUAAUUCCUGAAAUGCAAAAGACCCAGAAAGAAAGGAUCAUCCUUAAUAUUGGAGGGCAAAGGUUUGAGACCUCUCGUGUGACAUUACAACAAGACCCCAACUCCUUGCUGGCCAAAAUUGUUGGACCGGAUGGAAUGACGCCAAUAUAUGGCAACCAAUACUUUAUUGACAGGGACCCUGCUCAUUUCCGAUUCAUAUUAAAUUUCCUACGAAAUGGAGCAUGUGACCUUAGAACUUUACCACAUGAUGUUCGUUAUCUCUACGAAAUGUAUUAUGAGGCAUGUUAUUAUCGCCUCCCAGGUCUAGUGAACGCAACAAUCGCGAAGAUAGAGGAGUGUAGUGUGGUUGGUGCAAACGUUAUGCCAAUGAAGGCUUAUAAAUUGGGACGCUAGGAAUUGACCUAUUUGGGAGUAUAAAUUAAAUGUUGGUUGGGAUUGAAACUUUUGGUAAAACUGAUGAAAGUGUUAGGAUAUUAAUUCAUACAUAGAGAGACUUGAUAGUGUUAAAAUAUGCAGCAUAAUUAAAAACGAUUAUAAACAUUGUAUUGGUAUAUGUUGUGCUAGAUAUCUGUUGUUGAAUUGUUCUUGAUUUCCCGAAUAGUUAAUGUUAAAGUUGACAGUUUUCACUUUUAUAAAAGCAUUUAAUAUAUAAGCUGAACUGAACUUGUUCAAAUUUUGAAUCUUACAAAGUUUAAGUAAAGGAUGACAUUUACUUAUUAUCAACAUUACAGGUAUAUGUUUUGUCCGUUUAGGUAUACUGCUGAGAUACUGAUUUUGUAUGAAUGUUCUUCUGUAUAGUUAUAUCAUGCAAGUUUAGUUAUCACUUUAUAAUAUCACUGUCGUUACUAUAUAUUGCAAUUAACAUGUAAUUUAGAGUUGCUGGUGUCUUUAGUCAUUCCGACAGUAAUAGUUAGUAUAACAUAUAUUGUACUGUUCAUUGGGGUUAGUUCUUAGUAUAUCUAUUUCUGUCAAUCAAAACCUUGAGUCUGCAUAUUUUUGGAGACCAAAAUUUUUAUGGAGGGGGGCAAUGUAACGGCCCAGUGUCUUGAUUGUCUCGACAUUUAUUCAAUAUCAUGAAAUUCUGAAGUUCCCUACUUGAAUUCACCAAUUAUCAGUUAAGAAUAGAUAAAGACUUAGUUUUAUCAUUGUUCUGAUUCACAGAAUCGGGCUCUACAUUUAUAUCAUAAGGAAUUAGCAUAUUUUCUUAUCUGUGGUACGAUGUUAAUCUUACCCCACCCACUCGGUUUUCCAUGUGUUUUAAAUGUUCAUUCUGAUGUUAUUACGAAAAGUAAAUGUAUAUUCAUUUUAACAUCGUGUGUUUUGAUGACCAUUUGAACUGUUUUUCAUGUUUACAGAUUUAUUUGUAGCUGUGCACCUGUAUAUUGGACUCGUAUAUUUGAACUUGUUUAUCGCUUGAAAUCGCCAAUAACUGUUCUGAGAUACGAUGCUCGUUAGCUCUUUUAAAAGUUACUAAAAUGCCUAAAUACUUACGAAAUCAAUAAUAUGUGUUCAAUACUUUAAAUACCUAUCAAAGUUUUCAUAUGACAUCGUGUUGUGUGUCCGUAAUUCGUGAAGAAGUGUGAAAUUUCCAUUUACUACUGUGUUUUGUCCGCCAUUGCUGUGUUUAAAUCUCGUGGCGCGUGCGAGAUGUGACGAAAUCUCACAUAUAAAAGGUCAAGUGGCGCGAAAUUCAAUUGGUGUAUUGUAAACACCCAGGCUGGCGGUUCGCUCACCAACUGGUAUAAAUACCAUAGACUAUAGUCUAUACCAUCGUAUACAAUCAUAUACCAACAAUGUCACAAGAAGAGGUAGAGUCUUACCGUUAUUGGUAUUAAACAAAUAAACGACUAAGUGGCGUAAUGUUAUAAAUAUAUAAGUUCCUUAUAGGAAUCUCCAUCUCCAGUGUUUAUACCGUGUAUAGUGUUUAUAGAUCUAUCGUAUUAGAUCUACAAGUGCCUAAUAAUUAUUAUACCAACCGAAAAAGUGCCAAAGUGUGGUAAAUCCAUUUGUUUAGUGUUAAACCUAUUUACGAGAAUUAAUCAGAUGAAGAUGUUGCAUACCAAUUAUACCAAUUAUACCGAGUAGAGUUAUACCAAUUAUACCAUCUAUACCAAUUAUACCAACUGGUAUAUAGUUAUGCUAUACCAAAAGCCCGGAUACCUUUGUAAACCUUAGCAUUAUACCUUGUUAUAGAUCUAGUGUACAGUGCGUAAUUUUAGUGUCUAAUUUGUACAGUGUGCGGCUUAAGUAUUUACCGGAGUUUAUCUAAUAUAAUUCGGACACUAUCGUUGCUGAAUGCUUGAUGAACCUAAUUUAAAGUGGUGUAAAAGAGUAUUCCCAAAAAGUGAUCUGUUUCAAUGAGUGCCUUUCAAUAUAUGAAUAUAAACUGGAAUAGUGAAACUUUCAUCUGUGUUUAAGUAGUUUAAACAAACUGUAAAGACGUGUAGUGAUUAAACCAAGGUGCACAGCAAGAAUAUUGUGAACUGAUAUAUAUAUAAAUAUAUAUAUUAACAUUUAUAACUAAUGUCAUUUAUGAAUUACUGAGUUGUAUAUUGCAUGUCAUGUUAUUUAUAAUAGUUUGCACUGUUAACAUGGUUAAUAAAAGUUCUGCUUAAGUUAAUAUCACCUCCGUUAUAUCUUAUAAAGUUAACUGAAUCUAUCCAUAAUCUAUGUUUGCCACCAGCCGGGCCCAGGCGAACUCGUGUAGCACCUCUUAUAGAGCCACCUCGUAACCGCUCGACUAAGGGGUUCGCUACAAUGAUAUGAAGGCUCCAUCUGUGUAUUAAAGAAUCUUACAUCCUCGUUAGUCUAAACGAAAUAUUUUUGUCUAUGAUUUCAAUUAAAUCUCAAUUUGCGAAUUCUGUGGUACUGUGAAACAGCUUCAAAGAUUAGGUUGCUUAGCAUGAUAUGCAAAUGUAUUUUCUUAAACAACUCUUAUUUCGGCGAUAAUUAUUAAUAAUCUUCAUUCACUGACUGGUCAGUGCAGGUGAAAUGUAAACAUCAUGUUAAUUUCUGCUAUCUUCGAUUGAUAAAGAAACACUAUACUCGCGUAUUCAGCCUGCAAAGAAGUUUAC